AGGUCAUGUCCAGAUUUUUCGCAAAUUAAAGCUGUAUGCUUCGACGUCGAUUCAACAGUAUGCCUAGACGAGGGCGUUGAUGUGCUUGCAGCGUAUUGCAACAAAGGAGAGAUCGUGAGUCAAAUGUACGUCAACACUUUUCUUUCUCCUGCCACUGAUUCCUUGCCACCCCCCUUGUGCACUUCAAGGGAACUCGACUUUUGUGGGGUGGAGCAGACAUUGGGUGCAGUCGUUGAUAGCUCAACUUCGGGGUCUUUCCGUUUCAGAACAACACAGGCCAUGGAUGGAACAAUGGACGUUACAGAGGCAUUGGAGCAACGGUUGAGAAUAUUGGGACUUUCCAAGGAUUUGAUAAGACGGUUCCUGGAAGACACUCCUCUGCGACUCACUCCGGGUGUUGAACGGCUCAUCGCUUCUCUGCGAUCGAGCAAUGUGGAGGUGUAUCUGGUGAGUGGCGGAAUUUCGGAGUUGGUUGACCGUGUGGCCAAAAAGCUGUGUGUUCCCGAGGAUCACGUCUUCUCAAACCGACUUAUCUACGACGAUGACGGCGUGGCAGUGGACUUCGACCGACAACAGCCGACCUCUCGUUCGGACGGGAAGAAGGAAGUGGUGGCAACAAUCAAGUCCCAACUGAGUGGCGAGUCAAAGACGGCAGGUGUACUGAUGGUGGGUGACGGGGUCACCGAUGCCGCUGCCUGCCCUCCUGCCGACGCCUUUCUAGGCUUUGGUGGCGUCAUUACUCGACCCUCCAUACAACGUGCCACCCCCUUCUUCUUUCACUCUUUUGACGAGAUGCACACAUUUCUCCAGCACUGUGGCCUCAUCAUCCACCCGCCCUAA